UAAUCAAUCAAGUAUACGAAAAAUUCACUAAAAAACCUCUGCUUUACAAUCAAAAACACAGAUCACUAUACAAUCAUAUUCAUCGGUAAACAAAAGUCCAUCAGAAACACGAACCAACAGAUCACUAUACAAUCAUAUACAACCAAAAGGCGAAUCACCAAUCUAUUUGUUUAAAUGAUUCCUCUAUAUAGCUAACGGAGGACGGAGAAAGAAGACAAACCUGUUGGUGACGGCGGCGGAGAUGGUUUCUAACCGGAGAAAGAAGAGAGUCGACGACGGCGGAAGUACCCGUCGAAAGCGACCGAAGGAAGAGACGAUGAAACCCAAACUCCGCGGACCUUGAUCAAACCCAAAGCAUGCAAAAUAUUAGAAACACAUAAUCGAUACGAGAGAGAGAGACAGAGAAGAGGGAGACAGAGAGAGAGAGAGUAAUACGAACCUGCAGAUUCGAUGGCGAGAUUCCACGAUCGAUCGAUGUGAAUCGCCGUCUACGGUUUGAGAGAGAGAGAGAGAGAGAAGAGGGAGACGGAGAGAAUAGAUCCAGAGCAAAACGACGCGACCCUCUACCGCUUCACGUCACGUAUAACAGAAUGACACGUGACAGAAGAACGAAGUCAAAAAACUUCUUACCUAAAAAUCGCCUCCUUCAUUUAAACGGACUUUAUAUUUAUUUUUGGGCCAAUAUUGGGUAAGAAUCGCCCAUAAGAAGUGUUCAAAUGUCUUGAUAAUGUUGCUCUUAAAUAAUCAUAAUCAUAACGUGGUCAAUUCUACUCUAAUCUAGUCACCAUCCGUUUCAGCAAUAACAACCAACCGUUGUAAGGCUAUUUGAGAGGCGAUGCAAUUCUUUCUUUAUAAAAAGCUUAAUAUGGUUCGUCAUGACAUAUACCACAAACUCAUACAACUAAAGCAACAAAACAACCCUUAACCAGCUGCAUUCUGCAAUGGUUCGCGCUGAGAUCGACACUGGAGCUCCUUUCCGGUCUGUUAAAGAGGCUGUCACUCUCUUCGGCGAGAGAAUUCUUCUUGGAGAUAAUUACAUCAACAAGUCCGCAGAGAGAGACAAUGGAGAUAGUGAUGCGGUUUUUAAAAGUAAAAGCAUAGAAGCUGAGUUGGAUGAAGCAAAGGAGAAUCUGAAGAAAGCUGAAGAAGAGAACAAGGUUUUGUCUCAGCUCCUCGAAACACUAACCCAAGAGCUUGAAACUACUAAGGAAAAGCUAAAUCAUUCACAUAAAAAGUUCCCAGAACACCCUCAAGUCGACGAUGACCUCAAGUUCAUAGAGCAUUCCACGGUUAUUGAACCGGAUAGCAUAACCGAGAUUAAGAUGAACCGGUUUGAUCAAAAUGAUGUGUAUGAUGAGGAUCGUCUGGAGACGAGGCGUUCGGUGAAGUUUGCGAAUCCACCGUUGUUAACGAAGGUCAUUGAGAGAAAAGAUGAUAAGAAGAACCAAGCUAUAGUAAAGAAGCAGACAAAGAAAAUGAAGCCGUUGGUCCCAUUGGCUGCUUGGCUCUUUGCAAGAAACCGGUCACGUUAACCGCUUUUAGCGAUCCUUGUCUUGCGUUUAUACUCACGCACGCCUUACGAAUUCUGAAAUAAUAUUUCCAAAACUAGUUGUUCUUAUUUUGGGGGUUCGUUCGACUUUAUUUUGUUAUAUUUUUAUUUUCGACAUGUAAGUAACUGAUAAGCCGAAACUAUAGGAGGCCAUGACUACAAAAUAUUCAAAACUACUGUAUUUGGCCUGUUUGCUACCAACGAGAGAGCAGAAGAAAAGUCUCAAACUAGCUUUGAGUUCAACA